CUGUAGCAAUAUGCGUUCGAAUUUCCUCAGUUCUGAAGUGCACUGUGAAUAGAAUAUCUGUGAUGGAGGGUAUGCUUGAGUUGCUGUCAACGACAGACGCAGCUGUUAAGGCCUUAGACAGAACAAGCAGAUCUCAGUCAUCAAUAAGCAGCAGGUCAUCCUCAGGAUCAAAGAAGAAAAGUACAUCAGAAGUACCGGACAGUGGAAUCGGUCAAACUGAAGACAGAUCUCAGAAAACUAAGGCAUCUCACAGUAGAGAGACUGAUGAGCUUGAUGUAUCCCAGCACAGCUCUGAUGUUAGUACAACAGCUAGUGAUGUAUUGAUCAGGUCCACUACAGCAGCACCGGGAGAGAAAAGUAUUUUAGAUGAUGUAACUUUUCAGAGUGUUGAUAAUACAAGUAACAUCUCAAAGUGUUCAAAAUAUUCUUUUGGAAAAGAAAAUUUUAACAGUUCUGGUCCUGUUAAAGUGAAGGUGUCUUCUAAACUGCUGAGAGAAAUUAAGUCUCCAUAUGAAAGCCCAAGGGAGGAAGCGAACACAGGAGAGGAAUCUCCUAAGGUUCAGAAUGUACAACCAGAGAUUAAUCCAAGUAAAUCAAGGGAACAGAGUACAAGUAUAGGAAUGCGUAAAAUCUCAACAGAAUCUAAGGCAAGUUCUAGAGGAGUAGAUACCUCUAGAACACACAGUCAAGCCUCAGAUGUUCUAAAACCAUCUAGUCGACCAAACUCUGCAACUUCAAAGUCCUCUACUGUUAGCCAGCCUGGAUCUAUAGUUAGAGGGCCUACUUCAAAGUCACUUAAAGAUUCAAAGACAGUUAGUCAGACUUCUGUACCAAAACCUGUAAGUAACAACCCCAAGGAUAUCAUAACUCUACAAUGUACGCCACAGAGAAAACAGACCAGUCAACCAAAGAAAGCAAAUACACCAGAAAAACAAAGGAAAACCGAAGGAUUCCCUCAACCUGUUUUUGUAGAGCGGCAUACACCUGAAAAAGUGUACAGAGACAAGAAAAUUCUACGUAAUGAUGAUGAUGAUAAAGGCAGCUAUAUUGAAGAGUUCUGUAAAGAACAAAUAGAAAGACAAGAUUUGGUGCCAGAAAAAUUAGUAACUGAGUCAGUAGAAACCAGCAUUAACAGUGCUACGAGUAGUCAACCAGAGAUUGUCACUGUACCGGAGAGGAUAGUCACCAUAUCAACCAGGAGCUCCGUCUCCUCAGACCACUCACUCAGUGACUCGGGUCAAAUACUCACUGUCCAGGAGAGACUGGUCACAAUCUCGACAGCUCAGCCAAUGGAGGAUGAGGAUUCUACUGUCAGUCACACUAAAGAAGAGGAGGAGGAGGAAAAAAUCCCUCCAAGGCUGCCAGAUAAAUUCCAUCAAUAUACCAAGCACCAGAGUGGUGGGUUGAAGCAGGGAUCAGAAAGUAGUGGUGUAUCUGUUAUGGAUCAUCCGUCCGAUUCAGAUGACAUCCAUGUUGAAAAGUUCCGCUUGUCAGAGAAGCAACUAUUGAUGAAAGAGAAUUUUACUAAGAGAUUGCAAGGGGGUCCUAAAAAGAGGGUUGUUCAGCCUAGACUAAUUGGUCCAGCUGCCAAGUCAUCAAAGAAGGAAACCAAGGAGCCGAGUAUCCAGAACACAGAGGCCAUUACUGCAGCAGUGGCUGCUAGUGCCGCAAUAGCUGCCACACAACCAUUUCUUAAGGCACAACAAGAACUAGAGAACAAGAUGACCAACAUUUUGAACCAGAUUGGCAGUCUCCAGUCUGAUGUGGCCCCUCCCUUGAAGGGGGAGUCAGAGUCUGAAAGGGUGGCCCAGUUAGAGAAACAACUGGCCACAGUUACAGAGCAGAGAAUACAACACCUAGAAAAGUUACAAGAACAACAGGUUGCCAUGCAGGCAAAAUUGUUAUCCCUAUCAAGAACACCACAAAAUCGAACCGAAGUCACCAGAUCCAAAUCACCAACCAUAAGAUCUCCUUCAUGGAGUCCACCUGUACAGAGGAAGAAAGAAUUCCCACCAAAACCAAUCAUAAAGACAACAGUCCCAAAACUGGGUCAUGGGGAUUAUAAUCAGGAGCAGUUCCAGGAUCACAGGUCACCAGAAACCCCCAAACCCAGGACCAAUCCUCCCAAACCACUGUCUUUUGAAUUUCGAAACAAGAAACAACCAUCAACUCGAGGGAUCCUAGAGGAAAUACUGGCAUCUGAUGCAUCCCCCCGCCGUGACGUCCCCGAGCCCACCAAGUACGAAGACAAAGACAAAUUGAGAGGAGAGUGUGUGGAGAAGUCACCAGCCGUAAAGCGAGCAGAGAAACUCGUCCACGACAUUGCAGAGGUCAAGGACAGACUACAACAGGAAGUCUCUGAUGGAGAAAAAGUAUUAAAAGAACAGGAGGAAAAAAAAGUGCAGGAUAUGAAACAUGAUAAAAUGAAGAUGGAGCAACUUCAUGGACCGUCCCCACUGGAUCCUUACUUGCUACCCCCACAGAAGGAACUGAGGAGUCCAUACAAGUCCAUGCCAGGCCCUGGUAAACAUGAGGUACCGGUCCCUUCUAGUUACUGGGAUGCUGCCCAGAUCCUCCAGCAAGUGAAGGAGAACAGAGUCACAUUGGAGGCCAAUCUGGAGGCUGUGUUUAGGACAAGGCAGGAGGCCGAGGUCUAUGCCUUGAUGGAGAAUCUUUACCAAGAGGGGAAUAAUGCAGAUAUGCUGAGAAUCAGGAAAAUGGUAGACAAAAAGAUAGCUCUUCUGCAUUCCCAGGUGGAGAGAGAAGUUACAGAUGAUGUGAUUUUGGCUGAACUACAGAAAAAGGAAGCCCCAGUUCUGAUCAAGCCCAACACCAUUGGACAGCAAAAAUCUGCCCCAUACACCCAGAGGGCUACAGCAAGGGGCAGAGUGGGGGCAAAGAUUGACACUGGGCUCAGCAAAAUUAAGGGUCCUAGCUUUGGUCCACCACCCAGUAAGGUUGUGAAAGGGAAAGAAAAUAAACCAUCAACCACUACAAUAUUUAAACCACCCACUGCAAAGCAGCCAAAGAUAAGGUCUGUCUUUGAGGAUGAGGAAUACAUGACUAAAGUUUAUGGGAAAGCCUCUUAUCAAAACAAGAGAACCACAGUCAAAGAUCCAUACCUACAUUACCAGAAUGUACCCAAACCAAAGCCAGACAGGCCUGCUGGGGCACCUGAUAUGUCCACUGCUCAUUUGGUCAAGUCAUCUAAGACCCAGACUACCCCAGGGAUAAAACAGUUUUACUUCAGUCCUACCCAUGGUACAUACAUCCCUGUUACCUCAGCAGAGCAUGCUCCCAUACCAGGACAGUUGGUACCCAUGGCAGUGCCCCUUGGUGGUCCUCGAAUAGACAGUGGACUAACCUACUCUGCCCCACCUCCUCCUGGGCCCCUCACUACCUCUACCCCUGCCUCCCAGCCUCCAGUGUCAGCCCUGAAGAAUGUUGCUGUCGUAUCUGUUCCAGUAGUGGAUGACCUUAGGAAGCCUCCAGAACCUGAACUUAGCAAACAGGUUCUACCUAGUGUAGAUAUAGACACUGACAUAUCAGAAACUUCACCGAUUCCAAAAUCCCGCCCAAGAUCUCCAUCACCAGACAAACUCCGGUCCUUGUCCCCAGAGAAAGACAAUGUGAGUCUGAGUCGAGCCUCCACACAACAUGGGGAGGUACAGCUGAGGUCCCCCCAGAAGUCCCCCAGCAAAAGCAGGCUAGAGGUCACUUUCCACAGAGAGGAAGAUGAGGAGACCCUCACUGAUGUUUCUGGAGACUUGAACCCAGAGGAUGCUCCUGGCAUUGCCCUGCCAGGGUACCACCCUCCCUCCCCACCCCCAAUUGAGUCCAGACAACCUGUGUUCCCCCAGCAAAGGCUGUUGGAUUACAAUGCCCCAGUUGUGUCUGAUGUUUUAGCAGAAGACAUUCGAAGAAGGGAUGAUCUGGAGAAGAGGGCUGAAGAAUGGCUCCAGCAGGAGUUGCUGGCAAAGAUGAUUUCUGAGCUCUGUCCAACUGAGGUGGAAGAGGAACCUCCUCCUGGUCUUCCACAUUUUGUGGAUGAGGACUCCAUACAGAGUGAGGUGGAGGACAAGGAACAGUCUAUGUUUGUGAUGGACUCGAUUGGCAGAGCUGGCAUGCAGUUAUUUGUGGACGUUGGUCAGCCAGUGAACACUGACCUUGUCAACAGUUUGAUCCGCGAGGUCCUGGUGGAGAAAGUGGUCACCGCGUUGGGACAGCGACCAUCGGAUGAGAAGGAGACAGAACAGAGAGUCGUUCCCAAAUUAUCAGCCACUGUAGAUGAGGACAAAAUGGGAACCACAGAACCAUCCCCAAGGGAGUAUUUGUAUAGCCCAGACCAGAUAGAGACACCCCAGCCUACCCCAAAAGCCACCCCCAUAGCCUCUCCAACCAGGGUUGUAUCUCCUCCAGUAACACCAGAGCUCUCCCCUCUACCUUCCCCAAGGCGAGAGAUGGUGAGAGUGGAACCACCCCCACAGCCUGUAAGACUUCCACCACAGCAAGAGGCCGAGUCAGAAAUAUCAGAAUCUUUGGAUCUCAGUGAAGAGCUCAGAAUCCUGAGACAAAAAUUGGUUGUCCCUGUGACUACUGAGUCAGUAGCAGAAGUGCAUGAAAUUGAGACCCCUGUACCAACCCCAAUCCCUGAAGAGGAGCCCCCUCAAGAGAUCAAGCCAAUAUCCCCUCCCCCACCCACUCCAAGACCCGUGGAAUCUCCCCCUAAGGCUGUGGAACCUCCCCCUGUUGAGGUUAAGCAAGUGGAACCUCCCAAGAUGGUCCAGGAGGAGACUGCUGUUAAGAAACCAGAGGAGGUUACUGAGGAGACAGAUAAAACUCCACAGCCAUGGGGAAACCCAGAGUCACCCCGUCCAGAGGAAAACCCAGAAUACAGGGAUGAAAUGGAACCAGACCAACCAGCACCUAUGAUUAUGCAACCACCAGAGAGCAAUGUAACUCAGGAGGACAGAAGAUCUCCUUCUCCCAAGAGAAAAAAAUCACCUGUCCGUCAGCCUAGCCCCGCCCCCUCACUUACAGAGAGCGUCUCGGAGUCAUCAAUCUCGGACACCAUUAACCAGAGUGUGUCAGAGGGACAGUGGCUUCUUAACAAGAGCGAGGGAGAAGUGGCAGACUUUCCCAUAGAUGAAGUAACAAGACAGCGGGCCUUAGAGAAAGCUUUGAGGCUGAGAGCUGAACAGAGUAUGGCAAGCACACUCAAAGAUACCUCAGAAAUUCCUGAUGAGUCGACAGAAUUUCCCAUUAGUGAGGGAGAAUUCCAAUACAACCCAGCCAUUGCUCCAGAAAAGGACCCUGUACUUUUGUUACUGUCGAGACUACAGCAUGGUCCUAUCCACCCUGGACAGCUGGACAUGACAUCAGCACAGGUCUCGGAUAUACUGGACUACACAGGCACCAGCACUGGUGACCUCAGUAUAAACCAGUUGAGGGCCUCAGUUGACAGGAGUAUGGGAGAAGUCCGCCCAAAGAAGCACCGCAGACAACAUGCCUCUCCUGAAAGGGAUUAUGGGAAAUAUGCCUCCCCAGAACGGGAUUAUGGGAAAUAUGACUACGGCAGACAAUUGCGAUCUCCGUCUCCUGACCAGACAGGAAGACAGUCUCCAAGUAGAGGAAGAGUGUCCCCUGGUUAUCGUGAAACUUCUGGAAGAAAAUCUCCCCACAGAGGACAUGAAUAUGAUGAGGGAGGUAGAAGAUCUCCAAGCAAAGGAAGAGCAUCUCCAGAGAGAGGGUAUGGUGGCUAUGAAAGAAGAGGAAGAGAUUCCCCUCACAGAGAUUGGCAACAAAGGGAUCAGCGAGAUGGGUGGUAUUCCCCACAGAGAGACCAGCGAGAUGGGCGGUAUUCCCCACAGAGAGACCAGCGAGAUGGGAGAUAUUCCCCACACAGAGACCAGCGAGAUGGGAGAUAUUCCCCGCAGAGGGACCAACAGGGCAGGCGAUCUCCUCUCAGAUCUAGUUUAGAAAGUGGAAGAAAGUCUCCCAUGAGAGUUUCAUAUGAAAUGGAUUCUGAAGGCAGAGAUGUUGAAAGAUAUAUCGUGGAAACUACAACCACUACAACCAAGAAAACAACAAGGACCCCUCCUCAUGGUACCCCCAGUAGAAGGACCCCCACCAGAACCAUGACUCCAGGGGGUGUGUCCCUAGGAGGGAGCCUGACCAGUGGACGAAGGUCUCCAGUGAAAUCUGCCUUGAAGAAACCCCCACAAGCCACCAAGUCCCCAGGGUUACCAGAUAAAUCGGUCACCAUGACAGGACCAAGGACAUACCCACUGCCUGGGUCUGAUGAACAGAGGGGCUCACAGAGUUUGAGUGACAAGGGAACUCGAGCCUUUACACCAGACCAAAUGAACAUGGAAGAAUUGUUACAAUCUGGGUAUCUUUCCCAGACCUUCAGUCAGUCCUCCACUGGGAGAGUUCCCUCCCCUGAGCACCCCAAGAGACAGCUUAGUCCCACCCGUCUCAGCAAGGACAAGAAAUCUCUAGGAAUGACAUACUCAUUUGAAUCUGAAGGAGGUGCUGCAGACUCAUUCAGCGAAUCGGAACUCCGACGACUCGCAGAUUCUGAUUCACUGAAGAUGUCUGUGACCUUGCCCUCAAUGGAUGAUUCUGAAUUUCUCUAAUUCUAUUUUGUGUGUUUGGAAUCUGAAUUAAUAUUUAUAAAAGUAAAUUAGAAUGCAAAUUGCUUAAUAUAUUCUGUUUUAUGCUAGAGUCUCAAUAUUUUUUGUAUAUCCUGAUUUAUUAUUUUACAAAUUACAAUGUACUUUAUUUAUUUGUACAUUUUAGAAAGUUUACCUAUAUUUAAUGCAGAUAAAUGUAAUUAUAUCCGUAUGAAAAUUCAGAUCUGAUCAAAUCACUCAGAUUUCUGUGAUGUGCGUAAAUUAUUAUCCGUCCAGACUGUAGAGGUUUUUUUUGUGUUUUAUGUUUUUUUUUUAAUUGGUUAGAUUCUUUUGUAGUGGUAAGAAAUGUACAUCAUAAUACAUGUAAUGUAUUGCUGAAUGUGAUUAAGGAGGAAGCAACCAUCAGUACACAACUGAACACAGUAUCUCAAAUUUUUAUAUUUAAUAAAAGUGUGAUUCUGACCAAAUCAUCAAUUAGAAUUUUAACUCUGAAUAUUUCAAAAAUACAAAUAUCUUGUAGCUUUUCAACAGUACUUCCAGAUAUUGAAGUUUGCUUGUAAUAGUAUUUUAAUUGUAUUUAACUUGACUUAUCAUGUUAUCAAGUUAUUAUGUGACCUUUUCCUGUUAA